AACUUCAAAGAAAGCAACACUCUCAAAACCAACGAUUACGACCCAAACUCCUUAAAACGACCUUGUAACACUGCCUCAUUUAACAAGGAGUGUAGGCCACAGCCCCGAUCUCGCGUGGGUCAUUGACAUUCCAAAUCGAGCCGGCCAGUCAUGUCUUGUCCCCGCUUCCUCCACUUUUGCCCAUCUUAGUUCUCCUGAUUGGUCCUCCUCAACCAACCCCACCCCCACCCAAAAAAAAAAACCCUGAAAAGAAGGACCAUCUUCUUCCUCUCCGAGUCCCUUCUCCUUGUUUUUUCAUUUCUCCUAGAACGAAAAAGCUUGUAAUCGGCCAUGGAUUUCUCCAAAGAACGUGAAAGCUUCGUUUACAUCGCCAAGCUCGCUGAGCAAGCAGAACGCUUUGAUGAUAUGGUGACUUCCAUGAAAAAGCUAGCGGAGCUUGAUGUGGAACUGACCGUAGAAGAGCGAAACCUGCUCUCUGUUGGGUACAAAAACGUGAUUGGUGCUCGAAGAGCAUCGUGGAGGAUCCUGUCUUCGAUUGAGCAAAAGGAAGAGAGCAAAGGGAAUGAGCAAAAUGUUAAGAAAAUCAAAACGUAUAGGCAGAAAGUGGAAUCGGAGUUGUCCAAUAUUUGUAAAGAUAUUAUGGGUGUCAUUAAUGAGCAUCUCAUUCCUUCUUGCUUGGGUGGAGAGUCUACUGUGUUUUAUUAUAAAAUGAAAGGAGAUUAUUAUAGGUACUUGGCGGAGUUUAAGAUGGGUGAUGAAAGGAAAGAGGCCGCUGAUCAGUCCAUGAAAGCAUAUCAGUCUGCAACAACUACAGCAGAAGCUGAGUUGCCUCCUACCCAUCCAAUCCGGUUGGGUUUGGCCUUGAACUUCUCUGUCUUUUAUUAUGAAAUUAUGAACUCUCCUGAAAGGGCCUGUCACCUUGCUAAGCAAGCUUUUGAUGAAGCUAUCUCAGAGUUGGAUACUUUAAGCGAGGAGUCAUACAAAGAUAGCACAUUGAUUAUGCAGCUUUUAAGGGACAACCUUACUUUAUGGACUUCUGACAUCCCAGAGGAUGGAGAAGAAGCCGCAAAGCUUGGUGCUGCUAAAGUGGGUGAAGGAGAUGAAUGAAGCUACUUAAAUGGAUUGGGACCUGUAUCAUGAAAGGAAGUAGUACAAUCUAAAACUGUUGGAAAUGCCCUGUUGUCAAGAGAGAUUCAAUUGUUAUGACUCUUUUUAUGAGCUAGUGUUUGAUGUUUGGACUGUGGAGUGUCAAUGGCAUUUUACGUUUUUGUCUGUCUCUUUUUAACAUCCUUCCCUCUGUGAUCAAAUAAAAACUAUUUUCAGGAUUUUUUUUCC